CACUGCCACUGCCACGCCUACGUUAGUUGCCAUGGUUACGCCCCCAUUAAGGUGGAGUCAGGUGAAGACUGUCACUGUUUCAAGCGAAGUCACACACACAUGACUAAUUAACAGUGUUUUUGUCCUAAAUCACUCAUUUUUGAGGACACCGACACAGCGAAGGAAUCAAGCCUCUCUGCCGCAAUUUGUUGGUGCAUAGCAUAUCAGUCGGCGAAGUCUAUCUUCUUGGGAAAUCAAGAAAUUCGGUAUCUGUGAUAUCUUGUGCUCUUUGACUGGCAACUGGAAGUAAAAUGAGCAGCGAAGCCCCAACUAUUGUUGUAGUGAAGGAUGAAGGAGAAUUGGUUGCUAAACUAGCAUCAGUAAUUGAAGAAGCAGCAAACAAAUCUAUUGAACAGGAAGAGAUUUUCAAAAUUGGACUCUCUGGUGGAUCAUUGAUCAAAUUCCUGGAGAAGGGGUUACCAGACAUCAAAACUGAUUGGUCCAAAUGGCGAUUCUUCUUCUGUGAUGAGCGGAUUGUCCCAGAGGAGAGUUCCGACUCAACGUAUGGUGCCUACAAAACCGCUUUGAUUGGCAAAGUGCCCAUUACAGAGGACCAAUUCAUUUCUGUCAACACUGACCUCACAGCGGAGGCUGCAGCCAAAGACUACAUCCAAAAGCUGGCCGUCUUCUUCUCGCCGGACUGCUUGCCCAAGUUCCACAUGCUCCUGCUGGGUGUGGGUCCUGAUGGCCACACCUGCUCUCUUUUUCCCAAUCACAACCUUUUGGAGGAAACGACAGUCUGGGUAGCUCCGAUCACCAACUCACCAAAGCCACCGCCUGCUCGCAUUACUCUCACUUUUCCGGUGCUCAACAAUGCCGAGUGUUGCGUGUUUGCAAUGGCUGGAGCAGGAAAGGCUGACAUGGUCAAGAGAAUACUGGUGGACAAAGAGAACUUGCCAGCAGGCAGAGUGCAACCCGAGGGAACUUGCCUCUGGAUUUUGGAUGAGGCUGCUGGAGCGUAUUUGAAGAAGUAAGGCGCGUCGGCCGCAAGAGGCCUAACUGAGGCAGGUGAUAUGCAAGGAUCUUAACUUGUUAAAUAUCCUCAUAUUUUUGAAGUCCGAUUUGCUUAAUGAAUACUGUGCAGUCCACUCCGUAGCCGAUUUUGGCAAUAAUCACUCGAUAUCCUUGUGUACUUUGGCCCAUUCUUUUAGCUAAACGUAAGAAAAGAAAGAGCAGAUUACAUCGGUGUGGGAGUUGGAGUUUUUGCUAUUAUUAUUUAAGUAAUGGCGGCCCAGAUAUCAACUGAGUUUUGCCUAUAGAGGCUGUCCUUUCUGUACUUUGAUGUUUACUCAAGACGACUUUCACACCAAAUAUAUGGAUUUUUUUAAACUUUUGCGCAAGACAUUAUAUUAACGUUCAUUAUUUUUGCGUGAAUUUUUGUUACUACUUUAUUUUUUUGAAUAAACCAUCGUAAUGAAGUA